AUGACCGCCAGGGCAGAGGCAUCUGUCUUCUGGCCCGGCAUCACCCCUGCCAUCUCCACCCUCCGCUGCAAUUACUUGGUUGUCGUCGACCGAUACUCCAACUGGCGAAUAGUUGAGAGAUCUACCCACGGCGCAGAUGGCCUCACCGCUUGCCUACGACGCAUCUUUGUCACAUUCGGCAUCCCUGACGAGCUGGCCUCAGAUGGUGGCCCCGAAUUUACGGCAGCAGCCACACGUCGGUUCCUCCAAGACUGGGGUAUCCAUCAUCGCCUUUCCUCCGUGGCAUACCCCCAUAGCAACUGUCGUGCUGAAGUGGGUGUAAAGACCAUCAAGCGACUUCUCCUGGACAACACCAGCCCUACCGGUGCCCUCGACACUGACGUAUUCCAACGUGCGAUGCUUCAGUACAGGAACACGCCUGACAGGGACACCAAGCUCUCUCCCGCCAUGUGCGUAUUCGGCCAUCCUAUUCGGGACUUUAUUCCGGUGGCACCUGGCAAAUACGAGCCUCACCGCACUUGGCGUGAGACCUUUGCGGAUCGGGAAGAUGCACUUCGCAAUCGCCACAUGAGAAGUGCUGAACGCUAG